AUGGCAGAUUCAAGUGAGACAGCAAUGAUACAUACAACAUCGCUGAUGUCGUUUCUUCAUCACCUGAGAAACCCACGUUUCCGUGCGGAAGUGACUGACAGUUAUUGGGAAAAUGAAACAUUGUGUACCACGAUAAUUUUGUUUGAGUUCAAACCUGAACCAGGAGCAACCCUAUGGGAGCCUCCUGAAAGUACAAUAAAUAUGAAAUGGGGACACCCAACAAUGGAUGAUUCAAUCCGUCAGACAGUAUCUGCCUUUUUCAACCUUGCUUUGCACAGGGUUGCUUCUCAACUUGAGGAAUUCAGAAAUCAGAAACAGAUUAGUAAUAUGACACUGAAAUCAACAGUGAUAAGUAGAAUGUCUUUUUCUCCGGACCAGCUCGCAAACGCCCACAGAGAUGAAGUGGGGGUAAGAUCUGGCUCAGUACAAAGAGCCCUGACAAUCUACUCAACAUGGUUGACGCAGGAUUUAUCAGGACAAUGGCAAGAAUAUCAGAGACAGAUUCGGGUAAGAGCCUAUUUGGAGUCGCACGGGGCGGGCCCGCAAUGA